AGACAGUAACGUCAUUGUACAUAGGCAAACAUAACUCAAAACUCAACCUGUCUAGCGAUUGCCUCAAAAUUCCUGAAGCCCCAUGUCGAAGCGUAACAAUGCCAAACAAGAAUUGCCACGCGAUGUUAAAGUGGUGCAGGCGCUACGCCGUGAACUGCAGCGCAACUCACAGCAGAUAAGCCAGAACUUCUGGCAGGAAUUCGAGCAGAUUCGCCAACAGCAGCGUCACCGUCUGGCCGAUGCGCAGCUCAAUCGGGAACGCAUCAACAGCCUGAUGCGCGACACCAAUCAGGAGGCGCAUGAGCAGGCCGAAGCGCUAAGUCGCAACAUCAGCGCACAUGGCAUCAAUCCCAAUGCGCCGUCGCCACGCAUGCGGCCCGAACCGCCAGCGAUUAUGCCGGCGCCAGCAGCCUCAUCGCCACCGCCAGCGGAGCAGCCAAAGCCAAAGUCAGAGCCAGCGCCAGCGCCAGAGGCAAAGUCAAAGCAGCAGAAGCAAAGCACUGGGCCUUCGUUCAAGCUCAAGCGACGCACUAACGCGCAGUCCGCGUCUGCAGCCGCCUCCAAGUCUGGCUCAACGCGCUUGCCACGUGCACCACCCACCUCAAGAGCAACACUUGCCACCACUGCACCGCCCACACCUGUCGGCCUGCGUGCACCCACUAAAUAUCCAAAUAUAUCCAAGCUGCAGUUGGCGUACAAGCCCAAAAAGUAAAGCAGCAAAUUUCAAACUUAGAUCUUUGGCCAAAUGUUAUCAAAAUAAAUAUACAAAAAAAAA